GGAAGCACCACGGUCGCCACCCGAGAGAUCCGACUCUGCCAACUCCGGCCCCAGCUCUGGCUCCGGCUCCAGCUCGUAAGUGCUGCUCCUUCCCUCGGGGUUUUUCCACUGCCUUAUCAAGUAACCAGGCCACUCCUGCCCCUGUAGGAACUUUGGCUAUUCUGCGGCCUCUGCCCACCCUCCGAGAUGCUGGCCCAGGUCUGCAGAGCAGAAACCCUGAGGCACCUGCUUCCGGGCCACUAGGGCCACCUCCCAGAGCCCCGCAUGGUCACCGGCCACUCCUGAGUGCAGGGCUGCUGGGUGCCAGGCCUGUCUGCCGGCUCCUGGGGUCCAUGGAGACCUGGCGGAAAGGCUCGUUCCGAAAUGCCUCCUUCUUCAAGCGGCUGACCCUGGGGCGGCCCCGGCGACUCCAGCGACAGGGAAGUGUGCUCAGCCAGGCCAGCACAGCUGGCGGGGACCAUGAGGAGUACAGCAACCGGGAGGUCAUCCGGGAGCUGCGAGGGAGGCCAGAUGGCCGGCGCCUGCCGCUGUGGGGAGAUGAGCAGCCCCGGGCCACCCUGCUGGCCCCACCCAAGCCCCCACGCCUCUACUGCGAGAGCUCCAGCUGCCCCAACAUCUUGGAGCCUCCAGCUGCCUACACCACUGCCUACUCGGCCACCCUGCCCUCGGCGCUCUCCCUGGCAGGCCCCCUUCACCGAUCCUCAGAGGACCUUGUGGACACUCCCCGCUUCCAGCGACCACCAGUUCCGGACCUCAGCGACCCCUUUUUCUCCUUCAAAGUGGACCUGGGGGUUUCACUCCUUGAAGAAAUCCUACAGCUGCUGAGGGAUCAAUUCCCCAGUGAGCCCAGUUUCUGA